GAGGCGGCUGGGGACUGCGGGGCGGACGCAGGCGAGCAUGUCCGCCCUGACUCGGCUGCCGUCUUUCGCUCGCGUUGGAGGCCGCCUUUUCAGAAGCGGCCGCGCACGGACUGCUGGAGAUGGUGGAGUCCGUCAGAACUGAGGCCCAGGAAAUGAAAGGAGUGACUUGCAUGAAGUCCCACAUGGAUUAAGAAUCUGGAGCUGAGGCAGGUGUCGGGUGGGCAGAAGGCAAAGUCCUCUGAGACUUGGGCAAAGAGAGUGAUGGAGAGCCACGAGCGACGGCCCUUGGUCCUGCGUGAGGAGAUGGGGGGAUGCUGCUCCUCCCUGAGUGCCGGUGGGGGUGUGCACAUCGAGCCCCGGUAUAGACAGUUCCCCCAGCUGACCAGAUCCCAGGUGUUCCAGGGCGAGUUAUACAGUGGAUUCAUGUGGUUCUGGAUCCUCUGGCGCUUUUGGCAUGACUCAGAAGACGUGCUGGGUCACUUUCCGUAUCCUGAUCCUUUCCAGUGGACAGAUGAAGAACUAGGUAUCCCUCCUGAUGAUGAAGACUGAAGAUGUAGACUCAGACUCACUCUGUACAAGAGCCAGGUGAGAAUUUCGAGGAUUAUCGACUUCAUAUUUAAAGUUAAAAAUUAAAGUGGCUUGGUCAAGAAUGA